AUGAAUGAACCAGAAGAAAGUAAACUAACAAGUGAAAUUGAAAAUACUUCAGCUUUAUUGUAUGACCAUAAAAAUAUUCAAUCAAAUGUGGUUGAUGACAGCAAAAUAGAAAAUAAUUUAAAUAUUUCAAAUAAUGAAGUGGCAGAGGAUAAUGAUUUAAAUAAAUGUAAUGCACAAAAAGACCCAAUAUCUUCAUUUUUACUUAAUACUAAAAGAAUUUUCAUUAAAGAAAAACCAAAAGUCAUUUGUAAAAGAGAUGAUGAUAUCGAAGAAUUUGAUACUGAUGAUGAAGAUGAUAAUAAAUUAAAACAAAGUUUUACUGUGCAAAAUUAUUCAGAUUAUAUUAGUUAUGAAGGUAAUAAAUGUAUAUAUACAGAACCAGGAACAGGUCGAAAAUUAAUUUGGAAUAGUGAGGAAAAUAAAUGGUAUUCUGAUGAACAGUUAGAUAACAAUCCAGGUACAUCUGAUAAUAUGAAACAUUAUGAGUUUGAUGGAGAGCAUUAUGUAUAUACUGAUAAAACGUCUAAUGUUACUUAUAAAUUUAUUCAAGAAAAAAAUGAAUGGGUUAUGAAAGAUAAAAAAUUAGGUAAAGACAACGAUGAUAUAAAGGUUAAUAGUUCAUCACAAUUAAGCAAUGAAAUUAUUUAUGGAUUUGAAAAUGAUACACAUACAUACACCGAUCCAACUGAUGGCACAUCAUAUAUUUGGGAUAAAGAUAAAAAUGCUUGGUUUCCAAAGGUUGAUGAUGAGUUUAUGGCUAGGUAUCAAAUGAGUUAUGGGUUUUCUGAGUCUAGUGAUGCUAUUAUAAAUAAUGAAACAGAAAAUCCAACCAAAUCCAUAGAAGCAAUUAAAUUAACUAAGGAGGAUAAGAAAAUAGAAAAUAAAAGGAAAACCCAAGAACCUCCAACUUGGUUUGAAGUUGAUGAAGCACAUAAUACAACAAUUUAUAUUUCCAAUUUGCCAUUAGAUAUUACUGUAGAAGAAAUUAAAGAAUUAGUUACUAAAUGUGGAUUACUUGCUCGUGAUGAGAAAGGAAAGGAUAAACUCAAAUUGUAUACAGAUUCAAAUGGAGAAACCAAAGGUGAUGCACGUUGCACAUAUAUAAAGGUCGAAUCUGUCAAUUUAGCAUUGAAUAUCUUGGAUGGUUGGCAAAUACGAGACAAAACCCUUUCAGUGCAAAGAGCGAAAUUCCAAUUAAAAGGCACGUAUAAUCCAGCGCUAAAGCCUAAAAGAAAAAAGAAAGAUAAAGAUAGGCAAAAAAAAAUUGAAGAAAAACUCUUUGACUGGAGGCCGGAAAGAAUGCGAGGAGAACCGCUCAAAUGUGAACGCGUCGUUAUCAUAAAAAAUCUGUUCAAACCGGAAGAUUUUGAUAAAGACGUAACGCUUCUUUUGGAGUAUCAGCAAGAUGUCAGAUCUGAAUGUAUAAAAUGUGGCGAGGUCAAAAAAGUUACCAUCUAUGAUCGACAUCCUGAAGGUGUGGCCCAAGUAACAUUCAAAGAGCCUGAAGAAGCUCAAGCUUGCAUACUGUUAUUGAACGGACGAUGGUUUGGACAAAGAAAAAUAACAGCUGAAAUCUGGGAUGGCAAAACUAAAUACAAAAUUCGAGAGACGGAAGAACAAAUCGAAGCAAGAAUAAAUAAAUGGGAUAAAUUUUUGGAUGAUCAAGAAGAAGCUGAAGAAAAAAUUAAAAAAAAAGUUGAAACAGAUUGUCAAUCGUCAAGUAGUUAAAAUAAUGUUUUGCUUUAUUGCGGUAUUUGAUAUUUAAAUCAAGAAAUGCAGUAAAAAAACUGAAUACAAAUUUCACAAAGAGCUAUAGUUACUAUCAUUGAAAAAUAAUUGAUAAAAAUGAAUACAUUUUAGAUAAAUCAUUGUUGCUGAAUGUAAUUUGUCGAUUAAUGUAGCGAUUUAACAUCAUUGCCCUAAUAUUUAAUAAUAAUUUAAUA